CUGAUUGUCAAUCAUUUAGUUUAAAUCGAGAAAAUAUGAACUUAAUUAAAUUAAAUUUAUUAUUUUUAAGUUAUCUAUUACAAGGUCUUGAAAUUAAAGCCGACUUAGAGUCACGCGUUAUAAAUGGUCAAGAAGUAAAAUGGAAUAGUACACGCUAUCAAGUGUCCGUACGUUUAGAGCUAAUUGAUCGUUAUUUUUUCGGUAUUGGUCAUUUGUGUGGUGGCAGUAUUAUUGGACGUAAUACUAUACUAACCUCAGCUCAUUGUAUAUGGAAUGCCGCCAACAAUAGUUUCUAUCCUGCUAGUACAUUUUCCGUGGUAAUGGGAAAUUUGGAUAAAACUUUAAAUAAUGAAAACUCACUUAAGUUUAGUGUUACGAAAAUAAUAACUGGUACAAAUUACAAUUAUGAUACUUUUCAAGAUGAUUUGGCUAUAAUGUUUCUAGAGAAAUCGAUACCGAAAAAUUAUACACGAGCAGAAGUCAUUAAAUUAAAUGAUAAUAUGAACUUGACAUAUAAUAAAAACUGUAUUGUAACCGGUUGGGGUUUAACGGAGAAAAACACAUACCCGAAAAAUCUUAUGUUUGUUGAAGUUCCCCUGGUUAAUAGAGAAACCUGUACGAUAAAUUAUGGUACCGAGAACCUACUGGAUGGCAUGUUAUGUGCCGGUUAUAUGAAGGGUGAAAUUGAUGCUUGUUCUGGUGACUCGGGUGGUCCUUUAGUUUGUGAUAAUAAACUUGUGGGUAUUGUGUCAUUUGGCUUGGGAUGUGCUAUACCCGGUUAUCCAGGUGUUUACACUAAUGUGGCCUAUUAUUACGAUUGGAUACGUAAACAAGCCGGUUUGUCGCGAAAUAGUAACAAGUUGAUUAUGGAUUUAGUAGCUAUGGAUAAUACAACCAUCACUGGAAAUUCUACGAAUAAAUUUUGUGGCAAUAUUUUUAUAAUUAUUUGCUUGAUUUUUAUUAACUUUAUUAAAAAUAAAUUGUUAUGUUAAAAUUUCCUUAAAAAUUUAGGGAACGAUCAAAA